AUGGCGACGCAAACAGUCGUGGACACACCGCAUACACCGCACCCUGCGCGCAGCGGACGCGGCUCAGAAAGUGAUAGCUCGCUGGACGAGAUCGCGCAAGAGAAACACCAGGCGCAAACCCUCAACCACGGUAAAAUCAAUGACUCGGCCUCUCCAAAGCGAUGGAAGAGCUUCUGGUCGGCAUUCCGGCACUUGGCGCAUCUCACCCCGAAAGAAGUGGACGACUUCAUGGCCUCAUACGUCAUCUAUAACCUGGACUGGUCCGACGAGAAGCAAAUGACCGAGACGCUGGGCCCGAAUUACCAGGAGAAAGUCGGUGAUUGUUUAAAGUCUUACUAUGGAGUGCUGAACCAUCUCUGCGCACUGGGUGACGUCGAGAAAAUGUACAUCCCACCUUGGAUGGACCCCAAGUCCAAUUGCCUCGAGAACCAGAUCCUAUACGAACGCUCAAUCGCAGAGGACAUCGGUCUCACAGCUGGAAAGAAGGUCUUGGAUCUGGGUUGUGGCCGCGGGCGCGUCGCUGCUCACAUGGCGCAACACACUGGCGCACACGUCACAGGUCUGAACAUUGACCCAAAUCAAAUCGCACAAGCAACUAGCUUCAAUACCGAGCGCGGCCUCCAGAACAACUUCGUCACCCAAGACUUCAACGACCUCCCCCUGCCCUUCGCCGACGAGAGCUUCGAUGCCUUCUACCAGAUCCAAGCGCUGAGCUUAUGCAAAGACCUGCCUGCGCUCUUCCGUGAGAUCUUCCGAGUCGUCAAGCCCGGUUCGAAAAUCUCCCUCCUCGACUGGAUGAGUCUACCCGACUACGAUGCCAGUAAUCCCGAACACGCCGAGCUGAUGCGCCGAGUCAAGCCUCUCAUCGGUGCCGUCGGCACACCCACCCAGGACAUAUUGGAGAAUGCGCUCAAGGAGGCUGGGUUUGAGAUUGUGCGGUCGCAGAAUGCUAGCAUCGACGGUCUUCAAGCACCGCUUAUUGAUACCGUCGAUGUCUACUUCCGCACUUUGCGCCAGGCCAUCCUUGCGCUGGUGAAGGUGCAUGUGGUGCCCCGCCACUUCAAGACCUUGAUCAACCGUCUUUGUUUGGAUGGACAGGCAUUCGUUAAGAUGGAUCGCAUGCGACUGGCCACGACAAGUUAUAGCAUCAUUGCGCAAAAGCCAGUGGUAUAG